CACGUUGCAUACCAAGUGAAAAAGUCAAGUCACAAAAGAAAGCUUUGAAAGAGUGAGUGCACAUGGUCGGUCGGUCACCUCCAUGUUUGCCCCUCCAGCCCUCUGCAGACCUGAUCUUUGGACCUGAUCCGCCUCAGAUUGUCCUGAUUGAUCCCUCAGAGAGAGAGAGAGAGUGUGUGAGAGAGAGAGAGUGAGAGCUGCUCCAUGAAAUCUCUUGAAUCUCUUGAAUCACACAAACUGCUCAACUUUAAGGACGCCGCCCCCCGCGUGCAGCCAUGGAUCGGACAGAGGACUCGGUGAUGUUCGGAUCCUGCAGCUCACUCUUCUUUUUUUAAAGGGAACUUUUUAAGAAACCAGCAGAGAUGUUGAACUUUAAUGUUUUAGUAACGUGCCUUCUUCUUUUUAUUCCAAAGUGUCAGAGUUUAAAUGUGUCCGACCCGAGUGGUCACGUGUUUUUAGAGAACAUUUUACGCUUUUACGGGGAGAAUAAAUCCAUUUCCACGGAGAACCUGGAGGAUUUACUGAAGCUGAUCUCAGCCAGGAGGUCUCAGUCUGUGUCGGGGGGGAACCCGCUGGAGAACCAGGAGUGUCAGUCGGCAGACGACAUCUUGUCCCACUUCGGGUUCGGUAAUGUGAGCCAGCUGACGGUGGGACAUCUGGGGAGGAUCUGCCCGGCCGUGUUGACCCAGGUGCUGCUGCCCUCCUGCCCCUUCACCGCCCCCGAGCCCUCGUCGACGCUCGACUACACGGGUGAGUUGCUUCAUCGUGUCAAACGCCGGCUUUAUUUGUUAAACCCCCCGCAAGUCAAAUAAUUUCACAGGUCACCGGGGUUUGUUGCCUUUGAUCGGGUCUGGCAGGACUUUCAUCCACGGUGACGCCGCUCAGACAUCAUGACUGAGUCGAAAAGAGACGCUGCACUUCAGAAUCAGAAUCAGAAUCUGGGUUUAUUGCCAAGUACAUUC